UUGUUUAAUGGUGUGAUAACUACCACGAGGCAAUGAUCAUAAAAUUUUACUAUCAGUACUAGCUGUUAUUUGGUUUUAAUGCGAUUGAAAUAUUUAUCAAUUUAAAUAGAUUGGGUAAUAGACAGUAUUAUUAGAGACAGUUUAUGAAUUUACAGGCGGUUUGAUUAUAAAUCUGGUGUAAUAACGAUAUUCUUUAGGCAAAACAACUAGAAGACAUCAAAUCGCCCUAAUCAUCAGUUCAAGAUGGUUCCUCCAAUGAAGCCCGAAGAUCUAAAAACAGCACCAUUUGAUCCCAGAUUUCAAAAUCAAAAUCAAACUAAAUAUUGUUAUCAAAGUUUUGUUGAUUAUCAUCGUUGCAAAAAAGUUAAAGGGGAUGGCUAUUCUGCUUGUGAUUAUUUUAAAAAUGUUUUUACAAGUAUUUGUCCAAUUGAAUGGGUCGAGAAUUGGAAUACUCAAAUUGAAGAAGGAAGAUUUCCAGGAAAAAUAUAA